AUGACUGUAGUUGUCAAUCCAGCGAGGACGGAGGAGGAAGAUAUCGGGACACCUAUUCCCCCUCACUCUUAUCCAUUGGAUUUACCCUUGGCUUCAACACCUGAUGAUUCUAUGAUCAGCCCUCAAUACCUCGAUUAUAUCAGUCCCACUUCUGAUAUAAUAGAAAAUGACAGCAUAGAAAAUUCUCCUGAAUCUCCGCCUAACUUAUACGAUGAUGAAACUCAGAGUGACAUUGUAUUUGUAGCUGGUAUAAAUGACGACACAUAUCGAUUCCCUGGUCAUCGGCGAGUCCUGGCUGCAACCAGUCCUGUCUUCGCAGCUCUACUAUCAGCUAAAACCGACGUCAUAGUGGUCGAUUAUAUUGACCACAGAGGAUUUGAGAAUCUACUCAGAUACUAUUAUUGUGAGCCCACUCAACUAACAACUGUACAAACAGUUAGAUCAACACUCGACGCUGCUUACAAGUUUUUAUGUCCCCAACUUACUGAACGAUGUGCACGCAAGUUAGACGAAAUGUUGGACGCAGAAGUUGCACUGGAUAUUAUCCGAGACUUACGAUUCAUGUGCGCUAAAUUGCCAGGUGCCGCUUCUGCACCGCCCUUGCCUGCCUUGACGGACGAUAGAGCAGCUCGAUCGCUCGCCCAAUGUGCGAGUUACUGUGACAUGUUAGCGCAUAACACUCUCCUUGUAUUGGACGAUAACGCUGAUGCUGCACUUCAACAUGAGAAGCUUGAAGAUCUUACAUACGAAGACCUGGCGCUAGUUGUUAAACGAGACACUCUCAGAGUAUCGAAUGAACUGGUUCUGAUAGAAGCUUUAUCACGCUGGAGUACAUCUAUAUGCAAAAAAUACAAACGAGAGUUGACGCCUGCCAAUAAACGAGCUGCUUUAGGAGAGCUGUCAUAUUGCCCUCGAUAUCUGCUACUUCAAGGCGAUGAAUUGGAACGUGCUUUCGGGUUUGAGUUGUUAGAGCCAAUGGAAAGAGCUCUGGUAUUGGCACGAGCGAGGAAAUUAUCAGCACCAAUUCCUGUCGGAGCGCAUCAGGAGAAUUUACUUCGCCGUUGGGCCCGACCGCGACCAAAGGAUCCGGCGGCAGCCCCCGUGAAGCUUAGUCCUCGUUCUGAACCAGAGCCUGAAGAACAACAACCCACAAAGCUCUGUGGUCGACGUCCGAAACGUCUCAAACACCCAAAAUACCAAGUAGACGAUCCAAACCUUUACAAUACUUAUAAAAAACAAAAAGGGUGUUGCGCAAAAUUUACUGAUGGAUUAAUCCGAGCAUUUAUUUGUUUAUUUGAUUGA